AUGAUAUUGAGCAGAAAAUUCGCUGUUCUUAAUGACAUGCUCAACCACUACUUUCUGGAUUUCAGGAGUGCACUGAAACAGCUUCAUGGUGCAGAUCAAUAUCAUGGAGAGAAGGCAGACAUCGAGAGGGAGAGACUUGCUCUCGGAAUCAGACCCAAGAAGCCCUUGGAACUGUUCCAGGAUCAGAGUCUUCGCCGGCAGCUCCUCACAAUCAUUGUCCUAAACAUGUUCCAACAGUUCAGCAGCAUCGGUGCGGAGGCCAACCUAUGGGUGCCGUAUCUCAGUAUGAUCUGUGUCUUCGCUUUCAUCCUCAGCUUUGGCUUGGGACCAGAAUCACCGGGUGUGCCCAAGCUUCCAAGCAAAAGUUUGCUGUUGGCUGUUUGGGCAGCUUGCAUCGGUGGGACGUUUCAGUAUGGAUAUAAUGUAUCUGUUAUAAAUGCUCCGACAAAGGCUGUACAGUCGUUCAUAAAUGAAACAUGGAUGGAGCGAUACCAAACUGCCAUAUCAGACCCAAUGCUUACUCUCUUGUGGUCAGUCACAGUGUCUAUUUUCACAAUCGGAGGGCUUGUCGGUUCAUUGGUCGGUGGGACAUUGGCAAUCAAGUGUGGGAGGAAAGGGGCACUGUUAAUCAACAAUGCCUUUGCUCUACUGGCAGCUUUUUUCAUGGGUAUAAGCAGCCCCACUGGUUUGUUUGAACUGCUUAUAGUUGGACGUUUUCUGACAGGUGUAAAUGCAGGCAUUAGUUUGUGCGUGCAGCCCCUCUACCUGGGAGAGAUCGCCCCUCGGGCCCUGCGCGGGGCAAUGGCCAUGGGCACCUCCAUAUUCAUCACAGGGGGCAUCUUCACUGGACAGGUGGUGGGGCUGAAAGAGUUGCUGGGGAGAGACGGGUACUGGCCCAUCUUGUUGUCCACCACCUGCAUCCCAGCAGCAAUUCAGCUGGUCAUUCUGCCCUGGUUUCCAGAAAGUCCCCGUUACCUGCUGAUAGACAAAGGAGAUGAGCGUGCGUGCAAUAAAGCACUUAAACAGCUUCAUGGUGCGGCUCGAUACCAUGGAGAGAAGGCGGACAUGGAAAGAGAGAGAGUCAAUGCUCUUGGAGUCAAGCCUAAGAAGCCCUGGGAGCUCUUCUCUGACCAGAGCCUCCGAUGGCAACUCAUCACCAUCAUUUUCAUCAACAUUUUCCAGCAGCUUAACGGCAUCAACGCUAUUUAUUUCUAUGCAGAUUAUGUCUUCAGUGAGGCAGGAAUUCCACAGCAAAGGAUACCAUAUGUGACAGUUGGUACCGGGGCUUGUGAGUGUAUGACUGCCCUCACCUGUGGCAUGUUGAUUGAAUCACUGGGGAGGAAAGCUCUCAUCAUCGGAGGAUACUCACUCAUGGCCGUCUGGUGCAUCUGCUUCACACUCACGCUCACCUUUCAAGAGGCCAGCCCAUGGGUGCCGUAUCUCAGUAUGAUCUGUGUCUUCGCUUUCAUCCUCAGCUUUGGCUUGGGACCAGGUGGCGUCACAAACAUAUUGGCCGCCGAGCUCUUCACGCAAACCGGGCGUCCGGCUGCUUACAUGAUUGGAGGCUCUGUUAAUUGGCUGAGCUUUUUUCUGAUUAGCAUGGCGUUCCCAUUUAUUGUGAAUGGGCUCAAGCAGUACUGCUUCCUCGUGUUCUUGGUCGUCUGUGUCAUGGUGGCGAUCUUUAUAUUCCUCAUAGUUCCCGAAACCAAGAACAAAACUUUUCUGGAGAUUCAUGCAGAGUUCCAGUCCAGGGGUAAGAAGAGGAUGAGCAAGGCGGAGGGGAAUGACGGGCCAGGAACAACUCUGUUGUCGACCUCCCUGUGAGGAGUACAGUACCAUUCUGAUGCAUAGCUGCAUAUUUCAAGGGGAUUCACAACAUGCAUCUCUGGGGUUUACUUGAGAACUUCACGAAGUGGUGCUAAUGCAGAAAGAUCAUACUGAUAAGAGGAUUAAUUUCCUUGUCAUAAUCUCACUAACUUAAAUCAUCAGCUAACAGACAUGAAAUAUAAUUAAAGCUUUCUUUUCUUCUGGAAAAGGUUGAACUUCAGUUUGGACAAUAGUGUUGAGGCUAGGAUGUCUUUCGUCCUUUUUUUGUGUUAAGUUAAAAUAUUUUCUGUUUAUACAGAUCUCUAUGAUAUUUGUAUGAUGUAUGACAGAUUUUUUUUAAGAGACCACAUUCACUAG